GUAGAAGGUAAACCUGAUGAAGACUGAGACUUUGCUUUAUCAGCAGGGUUUAUAUCAGAGGCUAACACAUCGUGGACACUCAAACACUUAUGAAUGGACACAUCGAGACACAAAAAGAGAGGCGACCCCUGGGCCAGCGCGAGGGACCCGCCCGCGCCAUGACCGAGACCACCAAGACGCACGUUAUCUUGCUCGCCUGCGGCAGCUUCAAUCCCAUAACCAAAGGGCACAUUCAGAUGUUCGAAAGAGCCAGGGAUUAUCUGCACAAAACUGGAAGGUUUAUUGUCAUUGGCGGGAUCGUCUCUCCUGUCCACGACUCCUAUGGAAAACAGGGUCUUGUGUCGAGCCGGCACCGUCUCAUCAUGUGUCAGCUGGCCGUCCAGAAUUCCGACUGGAUCAGGGUGGACCCGUGGGAGUGCUACCAGGACACCUGGCAGACGACCUGCAGCGUCCUUGAACACCAUCGGGACCUCAUGAAGCGGGUGACUGGCUGCAUCCUCUCCAACGUCAACACACCCUCCAUGACACCUGUGAUCGGACAGCCCCGAAAUGAGACCUCCCAACCCAUCUACCAGAACAACAACGCGCCCAGCAAGCCCACCGCAGCCAAGAUCCUGGGAAAGGUGGGAGAAAGCCUGAGCCGGAUCUGCUGUGUCCGCCCGCCAGUGGAGCGUUUCACCUUUGUGGAUGAGAAUGCCAACCUGGGCACGGUGAUGCGGUACGAGGAGAUCGAGCUGCGGAUCUUGCUGCUGUGUGGCAGUGACCUUCUGGAGUCCUUCUGCAUCCCAGGACUGUGGAACGAGGCAGAUAUGGAGGUGAUUGUUGGGGACUUUGGGAUCGUGGUGGUCCCCCGGGACGCAGCCGACACAGACCGAAUCAUGAACCACUCCUCAAUACUCCGCAAAUACAAAAACAACAUCAUGGUGGUGAAGGAUGACAUCAACCAUCCCAUGUCUGUCGUCAGCUCAACCAAGAGCAGGCUGGCUCUGCAGCACGGGGAUGGCCACGUCGUGGAUUACCUGUCCCAGCCAGUCAUCGACUACAUUCUCAAGAGCCAGCUGUACAUCAACGCCUCGGGCUAGCGGCCCCGGGGCGCUGUGCCCCACUCUCCCCUGGGCCUCCGCCAACACACCGGCCCCCCGCCGCCUCUGUCCAUCCCGUUUCUCUCCCGCCUCCGUUUUUCCGUCUCCUCAUCUUGACUGUUUUCCCCACCUGCUGACUCAACCCCCCACAGUGUGGGGGAACCUGCAGAGAACACCACAGCGUACC